CCAAUAGCGCCAUUAAUCCACUGAUCUGUCUCCUCAUUUUAACUUCUUUUUCAUUCUCAUUCCCCUGUUUAUAGCAGAGCCUCAAGUCCUUAGUUUUAUCUAUUAUUAAUGCCUGAUAGCUCCCUUUUCCUCUCCCUCGUCGCUUCCCAUUGAAGGCCCGUUCAGUGCUAACUUACCCUCAUCCAUUCGGUUCUCCUCCAUCUUCUUGCUGUUGAAAGUACCACCAUCUGGUCAUGGAUAUGGAAGCUGCAAGCUUUAAUCUUUCUCUGGGGUUUAAUCUCAACGCCACAACUCCUCAUCGCCAACCCGACGCUGCAAUGGAAGGUUUGGAAGGCUUUGAUCGUCUGCCAUAUUUCAAUUUUAAAGAGUUGGGGCGAGCCACAGAAGCCAACGAAGAGGAAACGGUAGCACUAGAAGAGAAGGUAAAGAGGACGAGGCAGGAGAAUGAGAGGUUGUACUGCAUAUUGGGGAGGAUGACAGAAAGCUACAAGGAGCUGCAGUCGAAGGUGAACUCGCUCCUCAACAGCAAUAGCAGUCUAACGGAUGAUCAGGACGAUGGUGAGACGACUGCCUCGAGAAAGAGGGAAGACAGUAGUCCGCACGCGGAGAGUUCCUCCAGCGGCGAGGGGUCAAUGAACAAGAGGCCGAGGGCGGACGCGUUAUCGUUGCUGGCAGCUCCCACCAUCGGCAACCACACCUCAUACACAGUCCGCGUCAAGAUUGACCCAUCAGAUACCAGUCUGGUAGUAAAAGAUGGUCACCAGUGGAAGAAAUAUGGACAAAAGGUGACCAAGGACAACCCUUUCCCCAGGGCCUACUUUAGAUGUGCCUUUGCACCUGGAUGCCAUGUAAAGAAGAAGGUCCAAAGAAGCUUGGAAGACAGAUCGUUAUUGGUGGCCACAUAUGAGGGAUGCCACAACCAUGCUCGAACAUUUGCCAACAAUAAUUGCAGCCCAACUUCCUCAGCCCACGGAAUGCGGCCAAAUGAUGGAUCACUCCCUUGUUCUCCUGCCACAAUGAACACCUCACAACCUAGUAUGGUGAUGAUCGAUCUCUCUCACUCAAGACCUAACGCAUAUGGGGAGCAGUCUUUGGUGUGCGGUCAAGUGAGUGAGCUAGUAGCAAAGCAUGUGGCUUCUUCUUUGGCUGAAGACCCCAACUUUACAGCUGUCUUAGUCUCUGCUCUUUCUUCUGGAGACUUCCCUAGGCACCAUUAAUUAGUGCCCAUUUAUUUGAUAUUAGGUAUCAUGAAAAUGCAGAGAUGUUUGCAGGAUUUGUGCUUCUCUUUGUGUGUGUUUCUAUCACCCCUUAUUCUAGGGAGUGAAGAGAAAGCUGUAAUUAUCUCACAAAAUUCAAAUUGGA